AUGUAUUACUGUACAUUACAUGCUGAUGGUGAACCGCAUAUCACGAUUAUGAGUGACGCGUUGGUAUAUCACAAUGGAUUGAUCGUAUGGAAGCCUCCAAGUAUCUACAAGUCAUUCUGUCCAAUCAAUAUCGAGUACUUUCCGUACGAUUCUCAGUCAUGCUCACUAAAAUUCGGAGGAUGGAGUUAUAACGGGUUCCUGUUAGAUGUGCGGCAGUUACCGUCAGCUGAUUCGCCUAUUAUAAAUCGAGAAGAUGAAAGUGGCAAAGAAUAUCAAUAUCUCGAGAAAGGCAUGGAUCUGUCCGGAUUUUACCAG